GCGAGAGAGUUGCGCCUGAUGCGCGGACGUUUCAGGAGGAGGGAGCGGGGCGGCCCAGGUUCGCUCGGCCGCGCGCCCCGCCCCUCCGGGGCCCGCUGUCCCGUGCGCCCCUACUGCUUGCUGCGCCUUCGGGUUCCGAGCGCUCUGACCUCCGGUCCCCACGCGGUCCCAGCCACCUCCCCGGCUCGCCCCCGCCCUGGAGGAAAGAGCCGCCUUGGGAAGGAGGGUAAGGGACGUGGGGGCGGCCACGGCAGGGUUAACCUCCACUUCAGCCAAUCAUGGGAGAGAUUAAAGUCUCUCCUGAUUAUAACUGGUUUAGAAGUACAGUUCCCCUUAAAAAGAUUAUCGUGGAUGAUGAUGACAGCAAGGUGUGGUCGCUCUAUGACGCAGGUCCCAGGAAUAUCAGGUGUCCUCUCAUCUUUCUCCCCCCAGUCAGCGGGACUGCAGAUGUGUUCUUCCGGCAGAUUUUGGCUUUGACCGGAUGGGGUUACCGGGUGAUAGCGUUGCAAUAUCCAGUUUAUUGGGACCAUCUUGAAUUCUGCGACGGAUUCAGGAAACUUCUAGACCACUUACAGCUGGAUAAAGUUCAUCUUUUUGGGGCUUCUUUGGGAGGCUUUUUGGCCCAGAAAUUUGCCGAAUAUACACACAAGUCUCCCAGAGUCCAUUCCCUCAUCCUCUGCAACUCCUUCAGCGACACCUCCAUCUUUAAUCAGACGUGGACUGCAAACAGCUUUUGGCUGAUGCCAUCAUUUAUGCUCAAAAAAAUAGUGCUUGGAAACUUUUCCUCUGGCCCAGUGGACCCUGUGAUGGCUGAUGCCAUUGAUUUCAUGGUGGACAGGCUGGAAAGUUUGGGUCAGAGUGAACUGGCUUCAAGACUUACCCUGAAUUGUCAAAAUUCUUAUGUGGAACCUCAUAAAAUUCGGGACAUCCCUGUGACCAUCAUGGAUGUGUUUGACCAGAGUGCACUUUCCACUGAGGCUAAAGAAGAAAUGUACAAACUAUAUCCCAAUGCCCGGAGGGCUCACCUUAAAACAGGAGGCAAUUUCCCAUACUUAUGCAGAAGUGCGGAGGUGAAUCUUUACGUACAGAUACAUUUGCUGCAAUUCCAUGGAACCAAAUACGCGGCCAUCGACCCAUCGAUGAUCAGUGCCGAGGAGCUCGAGGUGCAGAAAGGCAGCCUCGGCAUCGGUCAGGAGGAGCAGUAGCUGGGGCCUCCGCUGGUGCCGGCGAGGGCCCCGCGCCCUCGCGCAGAGUCAGUGAUGUCAGUGCGCACCAGUUGGCCCCUCUGCUCAGUUUGUCAGGCUCACCUGUUACCACUGUUUGGAAGUAGGACUGAUUGUCAUCUCCAUGACAGGCGGCAGCUCUUCCAAGCCAGUGUAACUGUUCCCUCUUCCGUUUUUUUAGCUUUUGAAUUUGAAGAGGUACUUUUAAAGAGUCCCGUUUUAAUAAUUGUGAAAAUUUUGCUACCAAAAGUCUUCACCAUUGUGUUCUUAUGUGAAUGUUAAUUUCUGAUGUUUGAGAUUUUGUGGGGUUUUUUCUUCGUCUUUUUCCCUUUCCUUUCCUUCUUAUUAUGUUAUUUGUUGUAAAUACCAUACAUCCAGAUUGUGUAUCAGAAGGACAUUGGUUGUUUUGAUGCUUUCUUGGUUAUGACUGUCACCAGAGUGCCAAGGCUGCUUGCUAUCACACCAUUUGCUCUCCUGAAAAUCAACUACUUCUGACUUCCAGUUAUGCAAAUUGUUUUGAGUUUCAGCUCUUGUCUUUCUAGCAUUACAGUAAUUUGGAAUAAAAAUUCAAUUUCA